CACAAGUACAAAUCAAAGCCCUUUCUCCUACAGCCUCCAAAUCAAUCGCAGCCAGCCAUGUCGACGAAAGAAGCAGCCACCACCAUCGAUGUACCUGAAUCAAGCUCAGUUCCAAGAGGGAAAGCCUCGAUCAUUGCAGCAGCCAAGCAUGGUGGGAAAGCAGGUGGCUACCACAGAGGCGUCGCCAUCUUUGACUUCCUCCUGAGGCUCGCAGCUCUCAUAUCCGCCCUCGCAGCAGCUGCCACCAUGGGAACCAGUGAUGAAACCCUGCCUUUCUUCACUCAGUUCUUCCAGUUCCAAGCCAGCUACGACGACCUCCCUACGUUUCAGUUUUUCGUAAUAGCAAUGGGGAUCGUUGGUGGGUACCUGGUGCUUUCCCUGCCAUUCUCAAUUGUCUGCAUCGUUCGCCCGCAAGCUGCGGCUCCACGCUUCCUCCUCCUCGUUCUCGACAUCGUGGCGCUGACUCUGAACACGGCGGCAUCGGCAGCGGCGGCGGCCAUUGUGUACUUGGCGCACAACGGCAACAGCAACACCAACUGGCUGGCAAUAUGUCAGCAGUUCGGCGACUUCUGCCAGAAGGUGAGCGGGGCGGUGGUGGCCGGGUUUGGGGCCGUGCUUAUGUUCGUGGUGCUGGUUAUUCUCUCCGCUGUUGCUCUCCGGAGGCACUGAAAGAAAAGAGUUUCGGUGGG